AUGGUGGGGGUAGAGUAUGUGAUGACAUCAUAUAAAGACGUUUGGGUUCCUGAACUGAUACUUGUAAACCCUGCGGAAGAGACAGAUACUCUUGGUAAGAAAUGGCAAAGAGUUAACUUUAACCACACUGGAUUUGCCUCAUGGUGGCCCGGCGAUCUUAUUAAAAGUACUUGUGCUUUGGAUGUGUACAGUUACCCAUUUGAUACUCAAGAGUGCAUCUUAGGGUUUAGCACAUGGGGAUAUCCUACUGACCAGGUGAAAAUAAGUUCAGGAAAUGAUCAAGUCGACUUGAGCUAUUACACUGAAAGUUCAACGUGGAAACUUACUAAAUCAAGGACAAGUACAUUCGGAGGCAAGCAAAUAGACUUUCACAUUUACCUAGAGAGGAAACCAGGCUUUGUGAUAGUAAAUAUUAUUCUUCCCCUAACUUUUCUAAGCCUGCUGAAUGCAUUCGUGUUUCUGCUCUUACCCGAAUCUGGUGAAAGAAUUUCAUACUGUAUCACAGUUUUAUUGUCUAUUGCCGUAUUUAUGACAAUUGUAAGUGACACUCUCCCAAAAAGCUCGGAACCAGUUCCACUUAUUUCGUACAAACUGAUGUCUGACAUGGUGAUCAGCUCUCUAAUCACACUUGUUACUAUACUAAACCUAAGAUUGUACAAUAAAAAGGAUACAGAAGUUGUCCCGAACGUGUUGCAGUCUUUGUAUCUGUUUCUAUCCUGUAAACGGCAAAAACAUAAAAAUCAUGCGAAAGCAGAUAAUGCUGAAGACAUGAAAAAUGGAAAGAAGAAGUUGGAAGCAGAAGGUAUAUGUAUCAGACCAAAAGGGGAAAAUCAAAUGCAAACAGAAACGAUGUCAGACGCAAGCAACUCCAGAAAAUCGUCCGUUUUCACGCUCCAUUUAAAAGGAGUCCCAUGCAAAUGUAUUGAAGAAAGGUUAGUGAAACUGAUUUCAGAAGGGGAAGAAAACGGCGAUGAACAUUUGCAGGUCUCAUGGAAAAAUAUCAGCAACAUGGACAAAUGUGCUUCAAUAAACGAUACAAACGUGCUACUGCGAAACAUUAUGAAAAAUUACAACAAAAACGUGAGACCAGUGGAAAAUCAACUGGACACAGUCCAGGUAAAUGCUAAUCUUAAAAUUGCUUCUAUCCAAGAACUUGAUGAGAUUCGUGGUAUAUUGUCAGUAAUGGGAGUUUUGUCAAUGCAAUGGCACGAUGCAAAUAUGAUCUGGAAUCCUAAAGAUUAUGGCGGGGUAGAAUAUGUGAUCACAUCAUACAAAGAUGUUUGGGUACCUGAACUGAUUCUUAUAAACGCUGCGGAAGGAAGAGAUACUCUUGGAAAGAAAUGGCAAAGAGUUCAUUUUAACCAUACUGGGUUUGCUUCAUGGUGGCCAGGAGAUCUUCUUAGAAGUACUUGUUCUGUUGAUAUGUAUAGUUACCCAUUUGAUUCGCAGGAAUGCAUCCUAACAUUUCAAGCAUGGGGAUAUAAAGGUCAGGUAAAAAUAAGAUCAGAACAUGAUCAAGUCGACUUAUCCUAUUACACUGAAGGUUCAACGUGGAAACUUGUUAGAUCUGAGACAAGUACAUUCAAAAGCAGGAAUGUGAACUUUCGCAUUUACCUAGAGAGGAAACCAGGCUUUGUGAUCGUAAAUGUUAUUCUUCCCUUAACUUUUCUUAGCCUGCUAAAUGCAUUUGUGUUUUUACUUUUACCCGAAUCUGGUGAAAGAAUUUCAUACUGUAUCACAGUUUUAUUGUCUAUAGCUGUAUUCAUGACAAUUGUGAGUGACAACCUCCCAAAAAGCUCUGAACCAGUUCCGGUUAUUUCGUACAAAUUGCUGUUUGACAUGGUAAUCAGCUCUCUAAUGACACUUGUCGCAAUACUGAAUCUACGAUUAUAUAAUAGAAAGGAAACAGACAUCGUCCCGAACUUGUUGCAGUCUAUGUAUCUGUUUCUAUCUUGUAAACGGUCGAAAUCUGACACUCAUCCGAACGAAAAUGGAAGAAAAAGCUCGAAAUCAGAAAAUGGAAUUACAUGUUUCAGACGAAAAGAGGCAAAUCCAAUCCAAUCAGGAAUUAUGACAGACGCCCAAAACUCCCAAAAACCAGCAAAUUCCUUGCACAAUGUAGAAGGAGUCUCAUGCAAUAGUGUUGAAAAACGAUUAGUGAGACUGAUUUCAGAAAAGGAUGAAAAUGUCAAUGAACAUAUUCAGGUCUCGUGGAAAGAUAUCAGCAACAUGGGAAAAAAUGCGACCUCAGAUUUAAAUUUGCUGAAAUGCUUCAUAGAAGAAGGGGAUAAUCCCAAUGUUCUCCGCAUGUGGGGGAAAUAUAUUCCUUUUGUGCUCUCAUGUAACAAAACAAAGGCUGACCUUCUACACAUUGAACAAGAUCAACUGGCUGAGGCACUGAAACCAUCCGAUCUCCCAUAUACCAAUCUUCGGUCAAUAAAAGCAACAGGGGAUGGAAAUUGUCUCUUCAACUGUGUAUCAACAUGCAUAAAAGGUGAUGAAUCUCUGUCAUCCGUUCUACGAAUUUUGUCUGCAUGUGAACGGUACUUACAUGCCGAUUUCUAUGGCAAGCACACACUCCUUACAGAAGCCAGGAACCACAAAGAUAUCAUUAGUAUGGACAUCGAACUUUUAUUCAGUUUCUAG